CUCAAGUCAACUAAACAGCUCCUGUUCAUUCAGGCACAGUUAGCCAGCUAGUUUGAUAACUAGCCAGCAAAUACCAGUAACUUACAUUUCAAGAUGGGGAAAAAGGCGAAAAAGGAACCAGAGACACCUACUAAAGAUGAGUUCGACCCUCUAUCCAUUGAGAGUAGAAGGGCAGACACAGCUGUGCUCAUGCUCAGUUCUCCAGAGGAGGGGGUCUUGGCAAAAGCUUGUGAAGCAAUUCGCAAAUUUGCAGAAAAGGGUGAUGAGAACAGGAUCACUCUAAUGGGCCUGGGAGCAGUGGAGCCUCUCUCACACCUCAUAUCUCAUGAUGACAAAUCUGUCCGAAAGAAUGCUUUCAUGGCCCUGGGGAUCAUGGCUCACAAUGGUGAUGUCAAAAAAAUGCUGAAAAAAUUGGAUGUCAUACCUUCUAUCAUUGCAAGGCUCUCUCCUGAAGAGGAUGUGGUGAUCCAUGAGUUUGCCACUCAGUGUCUCGCGUCUCUGGCUCUUGACUUCGCCUGCAAGGUUCAGAUCUUCGACAGUGAAGCGUUAGGGCCCCUUAUCCAUCUCCUCUCAAGCAGCGACCCAGACGUAGUGAAGAAUUCUGUCGAGUGCAUUUACAACCUUGUUCAGGACCUGCCCAGUCGCGUGGCCGUGCGUGAGCUAAACGGGAUCCCCCAGCUGCUGGGGCAGCUGCACUCCGAGUUCCCCGUCAUCCAGGAGCUCACGCUGCGUACCCUGGGCCACAUCACCACCGACAAGGAGACGCGCCUGGCCUUCAGGGAGGAGCAGGGCCUCGAGAAAUUGCUGGAAGUCCUUACAAAGAAGGAAUACAAUGACCUGCACGUGGAGGCCUUACAGGUGGUCUCCAAUUGCCUGGAGGAUGUGGACACCUUGCAGUACGUCCGGGAGAGGGCGGGUCUGCAGACACUGCUGACGUUUGUGACGACACCCACCCUGCCUGAAGUGCAAAGCAAUGCAGUGAAAGCCAUCACCAAAGUGGCACAGAGCUAUGAAAACAGGAAAAUCCUUCACGAACAAGAUGUGGAGAAGUCGCUGAUGGCUUUAUUGGCCGUAGAGAACAACCGCGUGCGUUCCGCAACCUGCCAAGCGGUGGCAGUGAUGAGCAAGCACUUGGCCAGCAAGGACACCUUCAGACAUCUGGGCAGCAUAAAGCCAAUCGUCCAGCUCUUGAGCAGUGAGAGCACGGAGGUGCGGGAGUCUGCGGCUCAUGCGCUGUCCAGUCUGACCAGUGGGAACCAGCUGAAUGCUCAGGCUGUGUUUGAGGCAGAGGGUGAUGAGGCACUGGUGCAGCAGGUCCAAGACGGCGGUGCCAGGGAAGUGGCGUAUGCUGCGUCUGUCCUUACCAACAUGGCGGCCCAGGAGGCCCUCCGACGCAACAUCCUGUCCCAGGGAGUCAUGCAGACCCUGGUGGGGCCUCUGCAGUUCAAGGAUACACACCUGCUGGUCAGCAUUAUCCAGGCAGUGGCCACACUGGCCUCUGACGCAGAGGGCAGAACUGAGUUCAGGACUGCUGGGGGUCUGCCACACUUGGUCAAACUGCUUCAUUCAUACAACACAGAAGUACGCCGCAAUGCAUGCUGGGCCCUCAGUGUGUGUGCCAAUGACGAGUCUGCUGCUUCUGAACUCAGCAAGUUAGGAGCUCUGGAGGUCCUGCAGGAGAUCAACUCUUCCACCAACCGCAGGAACCGAUUUAGUGACAUCACCCUGCAGAGACUGCUGGACAACAACCUGUCGGCCAAGUACAGCCUCACCGGCCACCUCUCCGCCACGGACGUCAUCGCAGACGGCUUCUAUGACCCUGGGCAGACCCGAGCAGGUCAGAAAGUUCCAGAUCUGGUGGACCUAUCUAACCAGGUCAUCAGCCAGCGUCGACCAGUCAUCGCAGUUAAUGGAAAACCACAAGACCUGAGCAUCCAUGGCCUGGCAGAGGCCAGGCAGCCAGACAGCGCCAGCGAGUCACGGGGCGCCUCAGCCCAGAGCAACAGGUCCAACAGCAGAGCCCCCAGUAAAGCCAAACAAAGAGACGAGGAUGUGAGCAAGCCUCAGCAGCGCCACGGAGAUGAGCGCCAGGGGCUGUUGCCAUGGGAUUCCCAACUCUGUUCACUGAUCACUGAGGCAACCAAGUCCAUACUGCCACUCGAGGAGGAGAGGGACCAACUCAGAGCUCUGGCUGUCCUGGUGAGCAACGCGAUGGGCGGGGCGUUGAGUGCCGAGCAGCAGCACGACUUCCUGUGGGAGCUGCAUCUGAGCGAGCUGAAGCACGAGGAGCAGUCCAACAUCAUCCCCAUCGGCAAGAUCAAGAAAGGCACCUACAUCCACAGAGCCCUGCUUUACAAGGUCCUGGCGGACAGGAUCGGUGUAGGCUGCAGCCUGGUGCGGGGCGAUUAUAACCGGGCGUGGAACGAGGUGCUGAUCACCGAGGGCCCCCCAAAGACUCCCGGAUGCUACUGCCAGCCGUGCGUGUAUGUGGUGGAUCUCAUACACAGCCCUGGAGAGCUCAUGAAGAGCAACUCACCAGCAGCUAUUAAAUAUCAGCGUAUUUGAAAGACUGCUCUUUUGCACAUAACAUCCAAAAGUCUGCAAGAUUGCUACGAAGAUGAAGUAACUACUUUGAAAUGUAAUAAAAUAAAGUUUUUUUAAUCAAAGCA